UCUGUACAGAAGUUGCAUUUUGAUUGCUCCAACUUAUGGUACUAGCUGGCAUGCUUCAACACGAGUCCGACCACUUAACUGUUUUACAUGUUUUUAUUCAGAUCGAGCUAUUUCAGCUCCAGGAUUGAUGAAGAAAACAUUCUCACCCUCUGCAACCUUUCUUUAUUGUGAUGUUCCGAAUGGAACGAUGUAGCCAUGGCUUCUUCAGACGAAGGUGACUCAUCCGCACCGUCAACGCCAAACUAUGCCCAGCUAUCGGGAUAUUCCCCUCCUGUCAAUGCAGCUAUGGUGAAGGCCGAGUACGAUGGGAGCCCCGGUUGCAGCAGCGACAGCGUCUGCUCUCCCGAGUCAAAUGGCGCCCUCAUCAACGGCAUCCAGAACACCCUCCUUGACGAGGCUGCCAAGGGGGAUGGGGACCAAAGUGCUAACCCUAGGCUAUGUGCUGUAUGUUCAGACCUGGCAUCUGGGUAUCACUAUGGCAUAGCAUCCUGUGAGGCUUGUAAAGCCUUCUUCAAGAGAACAAUUCAAGGUAACCUGAAUUACCAGUGCCAUUCCACAAGAGCAUGUGAGGUGAAUAAGAAGAGGCGUAAAGCAUGCCCGGCAUGUCGCUUUCAAAAGUGCAUCAAUAUGGGCAUGAUGAUAGAUGGAGUUAGACCUGACAGAGUACGAGGAGGCAGGCAAAAGUAUAGAAGGAGACCAGAAGAAACGGACUUUGCUCCUUCUUCUUCAGCGAGAAGAGCGAAACAUAAGAGAGCCGCUGAACUGACCAAGCACCUUCUGAAGAUAGAACCACCUGUCAGUACCCUCGGACCGAUUGACCCUAGCCUCAAAGACAAGGAUCCAGCCUUCCAGGCCAUGAAGAUCAUCACAGACCUAGGGGACAGGGCUCUGGUCAAUGUGGUCCAGUGGGCCAAACAAGUACCAGGUUUCACAGAACUCUCCCUAGGGGACAGAAGGAUUCUUCUUCAAGAUGGCUGGAUGGAGAUCCUUCUGUGGCAGGUCAUCUUCAGAUCAAUACCUCUCACAGACCCUGACAGAAUAGCUUUCACAAAGGGUCUGAGUAUGGAUGAGGAGCAGGCAGCAAGAAGUGGUCUUGGUUCAUUAGUGGCAAAGGCAUUACAUCUAACAAGAAAACUCAGGGACAUUGGCAUUGACAAGGAAGAAUAUGCUCUGCUAAAAUGUAUCAUACUUUGUAAUGUUGAGUUAUCAAGAGUGGAGGAGAACACCCAUCUGGGGGAACUUCAGAACAAUCUGUAUGAUGCCUUGCAUCAUCACAUCAUGAAGGACUACCCUGGAGACAGCCGCAGGGUCUGUCAUCUCCUCUCCACCCUCCCGACGCUUCGCCAGCUCUCCUCCGAAUCGGUGGACCAUGUCUCGCGUAAUUCAGCGGAGAAGAGCAUCCCCAUCCAGCAGCUUUUCAGAGAGAUGCUGGAAUCAAAGUGUGAUUAAAAGACUAAGGGGAUUUAAAUAAAAAAAAAAAACAAGCUCAAAAAGUAUGAUCCAAAGAAUCUCACAGACCCACAUUCUGUAGAGCUGUAGCAGUGUGGACAUGCCACAUAGUGGAACUAAUGUGUCUAGGACAUUAUUGUGUGAUUCAAACAUUGUUAAACAAGUGCAGUGGUAACAAACACACUUUUGGAAAAGAUAAUGAUGGGCGAAUGGACUCUCGAUAGCGAUUUUUAUACUUUGUUGCAUGAUAGCAGCAUGGAAUUGCUUUUGCAGCAAAUCUAACAAUGUGCAAAGUCAGUUUGAGUUCGGCAUAGCUUCAGGAACAAGAGUGUGAUUUUUGUAGAGCAGUGGCAAUAUGAUUGCUUAUCAAGAUGGUAGUCCACUAUGAAACUACAGAGUCCUAUAAAUGAUGACACUUUGGUGGUGGACAGAAACAACGCAAGGUUAUUCAUCAGCAGAGCAGAAACUGUGGCAGGAGUCUUGUUGAGUGAUGUCCAAGUGAGGCUACCUGAAAGAAAGUUACAAAUGGAGUCCAUUUGUGCAUAGUCUGUCAUUGAAAGAUUACUACAACUAAUGGGAUGGUGAUGAGUGGGAUCAGUUUAAAUGACAGCCUUUUUCAGGUUCUUGCCAAAUUUAGGACCUGGCCUACCAUUUAUGGCUACCCUCCGGAUCACUGCAAUGCACAGUGUAUAUGAGAUGCCAAGCUGUCCUGGUCCCUUUGCAAGUCUGAGAGAAUAGAUAUAUUUUCUUUUGCAUGUUGGUGACAAAGAAUCACAAUUAUUAUUAUUCGUAGUAUUAUUAGUGUUACUUUUAAUCUUAAAAAUGACAAUGUAUAUUCGGAAUUAUAG